AGUAAGCAGCUUCACUUCUCCCUCUUGUUCACAACACCACCAGUCCACCACCAUGUCGCCUCCAACAACAGCAUCAGAAAUCGUCAAAAACCGCUUCUUAUCUUUUUUAAUAUGGCAAUCUAUACAAUCGUCCGCCAUUUUUAUAGUUACCAAAGUUUUUCUCCUCUCUCCUUUCACUCCAAAACCCUUCAUCCCCUCACUCUUCGGUUGUUUCUGUCUCCUCUGCUUCCUCCUUUCAAUGCUACUUUUCUCCAUUUCCAUCCAAAUAAUCGCUACUCCACAGUUCUGUCGCCCCGCUUCUCCACCAGAGCUCGCUCUCGCAAUCCUCCGAUUAGUUUUCGUGGGCUCUUCUUCCCUCACCAAUGAUUUUAUUCGUCGAGCAAGGGCUUCUCUUAGUAUAGCACUUCUUGUUAUUGUUUCCGUGCUUUCUGGGUUCGUUGCCGUGGUUUCGAUUGCUGGGAGCACUUAUUCUGCUCCCUUUGGUGUGUUGAUCGCUACUUUGGGUCCUCGGGGUGUUGUUGCUGGUUUGGUUUAUGGCUUCUACUGUGUUUUCCGUCAAAGCUGGGUCUUGAUUUUCCCUAUUGUUCAGCGUCCACCGUUCUUUAGCUAUAAGAUGGGGCUUCUUUUGGCUGUUAGACGAGCUCUAAAGCUUUCAGUUGCAUCCUUCAUGUUUUCAGCAUCACUCUUGAUCCUCAUGCCUAAUCAACAUCAAAGUCCGGUUGCAGGGAAAUAUUUCUCAAAACAUCUCAUCUAUUACCUAGGAAGCUUUGCUGUUAUUCUCUCGUGGGAAUUGAUACUGCAUUUGCACAAGGUUCUUCAUACAAAGAGAUUUAUGUUUGCUCCAUCAAAGGGAUCGGCAGCUGUGGAAACAAAUCCUAGUGAAUCUCUUGUUAUUGCUUUGGAGGACAGUUAUCCUAGAUCUCUCCAGCAGUAUCUUGCAUAUCUUGAUUUAAGCAUGGUUUGUGGAAGUAACAUUGAACCCUGGCGACGGGUUGCCUUUUUUGAAGACACUGGUGAGACUUACAAGAGAGCAGUGGCUGCAUGCUUAAGGCCUUUAGAGCAGUUUGCCUCCAAGUUAGCUGAAGGCUUAACAAGUUCAACUGAUAAUAUAAAUAAGCUAUCCCAUCAGUUAAGCUCACCACAUGACAUUAGCCAAAGUUCUCAAAUUCUUGAUUCUUUUAGUGAUUUCCAGUUAUAUUCAUGGUGUGCCCAAGCUGUUGCAUCAUUAGAAGUACGCUCACAUAAAGAAGACAGAUUUGGUGUUGCCCAGCUAUCUGGAAGCCAUGCUAUGGUAUUAUCAACUUUGUUGUCCUGUCUGCUUGCUGUAGAAACAUACAUGGGAAAGAAGAUAAACUUGCAAUCCCCAAACCAUAUAUUGGGUCCUGCUGGUAUUAAGUGGGCUACAAAUAGCACUGCUAGAAGAGAAAUUGCUACAGCCAUGAAUAAGAAAAGGGGUAGCUCUUCACACUCAAAGUCCUAUGCAUUAGCGGAUGUGUUAAAGAUAUCUAUUUAUUCCAUAGUAUCUGAGUUUUUUGAAGAGAUGCACGCUAGUGCUAAAAUGGGGCUUUUGGAGAAAGACUGGAUGAACAACAGCAAGCCUAUAUAUGGAUCUUCUGAGCUUCUGGUUCAAAAACUGCAUUUCUUUCUUAAUUUUCAAGCUAGUUAGACGGAUGGAUAGACAUAAAGUUCAAUUAUUUCUGUUUUGAGUGACCAUGACUAGAACAUUACUCACCUCACAUUCAAGUCUUCUAUGGUAAGAUGAAGAAGGUUCGGAUCUUGAUUUAUAUAGAAAGCGGCAAUGGGUACAGAACAGGGUGAGAAGAGGUACUCUAGUUUACUAUUGUGCUACAGAUGAGUGAUUUAAAAGUUGAGUAUAAGUAUUACAAAGAUUACAGCAAACAAACGUGUGGAUGUAUUAUGUGUUUAGUACUUGGGGAGCCUGUUGAUGUUCUUGUACCUGUAAAUCACUAUUCCUCUUGUAUCCGUAUGAUUAACCUUAGCCUCUGAUUGUAAUAGAAAUUUUGUUCAAUGAAGGAUGAUUUUUGACGGACUA